CUUAGCACCGAGCAACAGGGAACGUGUGUGCUCGUGCUUCAGGCUCUAUAACGAACUUCAUCUCCAUCGCUCCGGACAAACAUCCGCAAUCUUUAAUUCGCUGCCCUUUGACUGCAAACCGGCUACUUUAACCUUCUGCUAUGGAUAGAAAGCGGCCUGGCAUGCCAUCAGGAGCACGGAUGCCUCACCAGGGAGCUCCAAUGGGCCCCCCAGGACCACCAUAUGGAGGAAGCCCUGCAGUUCGGCCUGGACUCAACAAUCAGGCCAUGGAGCCCAGCCGCAAACGACCCGCACCAUCACAACAACAGAUUCAGCAGCAACAACAACAGCAGCAGCAGCAGGCUGUACAGAAUCGAACCAGGAAGAAGCCCGUGGGAUUUCCUGGACCAAAUGAGAUUCCAGGGAGGCAGAUGGACAUGAGAGAGGCCCAAUCAGAUCCCACACUUGGAUUAAAUGCCAAGAGGAGGAAGAUGGCUGAUAAGAUCCUUCCACAAAGGAUUCGUGAGCUUGUACCAGAGUCCCAGGCUUAUAUGGACCUGUUGGCAUUCGAGCGGAAAUUAGACCAGACCAUAAUGCGUAAACGGGUGGACAUCCAAGAAGCACUUAAGAGACCUAUGAAGCAAAAGCGAAAACUGCGUCUCUACAUCUCCAACACUUAUAACCCUGCCAAGCCUGAUGCAGAGGACUCUGAAGGCAGCAUUGCAUCCUGGGAGCUACGAGUGGAAGGCAAACUACUGGAUGAUCCAGGAAAGAUGAAGAGGAAGUUCUCCUCAUUCUUUAAAAGUCUGGUGAUCGAGCUGGACAAAGACCUUUACGGCCCUGAUAACCAUUUGGUUGAGUGGCAUCGAACCCAAAACACCCAGGAGACAGACGGUUUCCAAGUAAAGAGGCCUGGUGAUGUGAAUGUGCGCUGUACUCUGCUGUUAAUGCUGGAUUACCAGCCUCCUCAGUUUAAACUGGAUCCGAGACUGGCUCGUCUUCUGGGUAUUCACACACAGACUCGCUCCAGUAUUAUUCAAGCACUCUGGCAGUAUGUUAAAACCAACAAACUGCAGGACUCCCAUGAUAAAGAGUACAUCAACUGUGAUAAGUAUUUCCAGCAGAUCUUUGACUGUCCACGUCUGAAGUUCUCUGAAAUUCCACAGCGCCUCACCAAUCUCCUACUGCCCCCCGACCCUAUAGUCAUCAACCACAUCAUUAGGUUGAAGCAGAUCUUUAGCGUUGACCCUAAUGAUCAAAAGAAAACGGCAUGCUAUGACAUUGAUGUAGAGGUGGAGGAUCCCCUUAAAGCUCAAAUGAGCAGCUUCCUGCUCUCCACAGCCAAUCAGCAAGAGAUUGCCUCACUGGAUAACAAGAUCCAUGAGACUAUAGAGUCCAUAAAUCAGCUGAAGAUCCAGAGAGAUUUCAUGCUCAGCUUCUCCAGAGAUCCCAAAGGCUACAUCCAGGACUGGCUCAAAUCCCAGAGCAGAGAUCUGAAAAUAAUGACAGAUGUUGUUGGAAACCCAGAGGAGGAGAGAAGAGCAGAAUUUUAUCAUGAGCCAUGGUCUCAGGAAGCUGUCAGUCGUUACUUCUAUUGCAAGAUUCAGCAGAGGAGACAGGAGCUGGAACAAGCCUUGGCUAUGAGGAACACCUAAACUCCUCACAGUUAGGCACGGUGGUUCAUCUGGGACAACGUUUGCUCCAUGUUGAGAUCCCUGCGUUGUUCUUCAGUAUAUGAGAGUUUGUGUGCGUGUUCAGUCAUCGUCACAUGACCUACAAUCUACCAUUCUGGACCAAUCACAUCCAGUCACAUCCCCAGCUCCGUUGUAUGGACAUUUUAGCCAACCAUGGUACAGUACUGUAUCUUCCAUGCUGGAUGAAAUCAUCUCACAAUACACUAUUUCUAGUUUUUAAUACUUAUUACUUUCACCAGCAUUUUGAACUUAAAGACUUGAGUGGACUUCAUCCGCGUAGACUGUGGAAACAACCUGUUUUCUAACAUCUGUUUCGAUUCAGCUAUCGAUCAUCCGCUCUUUGUAUUCAAACACGGUUUUGCAGAGAGAAACAUUGUGUUCUGACUAAUGUAUUAAUCAUGUCUCGUUUAGCCCACUUUUAUAUAAUUUAUUGGGUCAAGCAAAAAAUAUAUUUUUUGUUUAUCCGUUUCCUUAUCGAAAAAAAACUACAUUUUCUGCCCUUUUUAAGAAGUGUAUUUAUGAAGUACUUUGAUGAAGGCAGCUUUUAAAACAGAAUAUUUCAGUAUUGACUAAACCAACUACAGGGUAUUUUACACUCUUCUGUCCCUGCUACAGCUAUUGACAUUCGGCUGCAUUAAUUUAAUUGUACAUAAACAUUGAAGGAUGUUGUUUCAACAUAUUUAAAAGCAUUUGGAAGGAUCUGAUAUGUCACUUUUUUUGAAAACCUUGUAUCUGAAGAAAAGAUAUAAAGAAAGUGGGCCAUUCAAGCAAAUUAGGAGGAUAGGUUCACCCAUAAAAAAUUCUUGUCAUAUUUUUAUAACCCUGUAUGAAUUAAUUUUUUCUGUUAAACUUAAAGUAAGAUAUUUUGAGAAAUGACAGUAAGCACACAGCUGAUUGUAACCAUUGACUUCCAUAGUAGGUAAAACAAAUAAUGUGUUGUAGAUGUUUUCCUACUAUGGAAGUCAAUGGUGCCAAUCAGCUGUGUGCUUACCGUCAUUUCUCAAAAUAUCUUCUUUUGUGUUCAUCAGAAAAAAAUAAAUUCAUACCGAUUCAGAACAACAUGAGGAAGAGAAAAUGAUGACAGAAUUAAAAUUUUUGGGUAAACUAUCCCUUUAUUCUGAAAUAUGAUUUGGAUAGUUUCAGAGAUAUUUCCCUUUUCGUAACCAAAACCUUUAGUAGGCAUGGGCCGGUAUGAGAUUUUGGCUGUAUGAUAACCUUUAGCAAAAAUACCACAGUUUCACGGUGUUGCAGUAUUGCCAUUGCACCACUACAAUUUGUUAUUUUCAAAUGUCUGCAUAUGCAAACAACAACAUACAUUUUAUUUUUAAGCAACAUACAACAUGUAUGCCAGGCAAAAAUAAUUCCUUAAAUUAUAAUAUUUUUUAAAAAAAAAUACAAAAAUUAUCAUAUUAAAUGUAAACAUCAAAUCAAUUACAUGACUUAAUUAUUUAACUAAAUUUUGUGUAAACACAGCUUAUACCUUGAAAACUGUAUCACAUAAAAUUUUAGUGGUUUAUAACCUUGACUCUUUAAACCUCUGUAUACCUUGAAACCGGUAACCGGCCCAUGCCUAUGUGCACAUCAAAUUUUCUUUAAAUCCUUUAUUAUUUUAAUCUAUUUUAAUAUUGCUGUGUUAAAUUGCAUCACGUGGGCAUUUUUCUCCUUAGCGAACCUUCACUUUAUUUAAAGGAUCGUAUUAAUAAUUCGUAUUUGAUGUUUUACCAAAGGUCUAAAUGACUGAAAACAGCGUUCAGACUAAGAUGAAGGACUUUUUGCUUUAUGACUCUUAGAGUCUUUGCACUACAUCAUGGAUUGUCAUUGAGUGCUUUGAAAGCUUUCCAUGCUAAUUAUUUGUAACUUGACAAAUGAAGGAUAUAAAAAUGGGAACCCAUGUUUAAAUGUGUUAACGUUAGAUACAUUUCUACUGGAUUAUAGACUCAUUUUAUGAUCGCAUUCUAGUUCUGGGUGUUGAUUCUGCUCGUCCAGGUCAGUUAUUAGGUGUUUCCUGCCUUUUUUACACCUAUGCAUGCUGCAUGGACACAUUUUUAUACUUUCAUACAAGGACAUGAGAAACCUUCUGAUUGCUUGGGACUGGAUCAGAAGAGCACUGAUGUUUAGUUUGUGACCCUCAGUGACGGGGUCAGGUCACAGCCGCUACAUUAUAACCUAACGUGUCCAUUUAAGGUCAUGUAGUAUGUUGUUUUUUGAUUGUUUUUGUUUUGUCUUUUUUAAAGAUUUUGCAGUUUAAUAAGUGGAUAUAAGAAGCACACCAAGGAUUUUUACAGACUGCUACCAAGCCUGGUUGCAACAACAGCACCUCCCAUUGAAUCUCGUGGGUACUACAUGUAUAGUGUCAGCCAUUUUGAACAUUUUAUGAACUUGAGUUGUAACAAUGUAACGUUCAUUAUGACAUCUUCUUGUGGUUUUGUGUUAGCAACUGAAGAUUUUUGUUGUGUAAUGUAGUCUCUUGCUGUUCAAGCCAGCAGCUGUGCUCUGACUUACCACUGUUUGGUGUUCAUUGUUACCCACUCUCACGUAAUCAUUUGGUCAGCCACUAUAGCCUUUGUGACACAGAAUCACACUGCCAUCUAGUGCUUUUAAAGGACAAAUCUUCCCCAAACAGUGAAGGCAAAAACAAAAAACUGCACAUCAUUAGUAUGGGAUCACUGUUGAUUUAAGUGUAUUUAUAUAUUCAAGGCUUUAAACUUUUUUGAAACCUUUAUUACAACCAUUUUAUUUGGGUUAUAGUGUCAGUCUCUUAGAUUUGUUCACAGAAAUAGUGCCAGCAGACAUCUUUACAUGUACUGUAGGUUUUGAUGAUCCACUAUGUAAUUUUGUUUUUCUCACAAGUAUCUGUACUACAAGUUUGUUGUCUCACCUUGAUCUACUUUCACCAAAAGAGAGACUUCAGAAGUACGUGUGUUGGACAGCGAGGAUGUAAAUAAACAAGCGCUUGCCAAAGUUUGUAAAUGGAACACCAUACAAAAAAAAAUUUGUUGGACGUUUAUUUUAGAGGUAUGUGUUUGUGUGUGUUUCAAUCAAAUACAGUUACACAUUGUUAGUUAAGAAUAAGACUCAUUUCUGCUUUGAAACAUCAGUUUGUGAGUACAGCGGUUGUAUUUCAACAUCACUAGUUUCCUGAGUGCUUUUCAUGGACAUUUACUUGUGUCUUAAAGGAAAACACCCCCGUUUUUCAAUAUUUUACUAUGCUCUUACCUCAACUUAGACAAAUUAAUACAUCUUUAUGUACCAUAUAGGGAUAAAUUUAGAAGCCACCAAACACUUCCAUGUUUUCCCUAUUUAAAGAAUGUUACAUGAGUAGUUACACGAGUACGUAUGGAAAACCUAAAAGUUUGGUGGCUUCUAAAUUCCUACCUGUUUGGAUCCUAAGGAAUAAAUAGGGCUAGCUAAAUGCUAACACAUUCACGUCAAGUUGUACAGAUUAAU